AUGUCUUGGUAUUUCCACUUUUGGACUGUGUUUUCUUUAUGUACCUCAAGCUAUGUCAGCGCACUCUGGUAUCCUAAGCAUGACGUAUCAUCAAACUCCACGCCUUUUCGGCAUUAUUUUGAUCCAACCUUUGAACACAAGCUAACCAACACCGUCAAUCAGGCGAUUCGAGAUGAAACUGCUUCCGGUUUUCAGUGGACAAGCGUUACCAGUUUCCGGGAGGCAUCAGAUAAUAAACAUGGCUCUGUUGCAUGGAUUGUUUUUGGUGGAUCAAUACCAAAUUUAAAAGUGCAUGCAAAUUCGCUGGCCAAGAGUGCAGUUGCCGUUGUUGGUUGUCAAAUAUCCGCUCAGGAAAACAGUCCUGUUGGCUUCAAGCUAGAUAGUUGUUAUCCAAUUGAAGUGAGUAGAGUGUCGACGUCCAAUGGCAAAGCAGGAUUACUUGGUUUCAGUAUAGUCAGUCUGGAGUUAAAAUCCACUCGAAACACUGCUGUACUUGUCUAUUGUGAUCCGUUGUGGCGGCAUGAUAGGAAGCAUCCGGGGGGUGGAUGUCGUGUUAGGCUACGUCAAGAUGGGGGGUGGGCUUCCCUGGCCAACGGCGAAUUCGAUGAAUUUUUUCGGUUUUGCAGUUCGUUUAACCAUUCAACUCCUUGCGGUGGGGGCUUUUCAGUGGACUUACUUGAGGUGGCCUCCGGUGGAAACAACCGUUUAUCCAAUACAAAAAUGAUCGUCGGUCUACCGUUUACCCAGCCCCAUGGUGAAGCGCAGGUGAUUGACAAUGUCUUAUUGCGCUUUCAAGGAGCCCCUUCAAAUGACCUAUCAAAUGUGGAUAUACUUCGAUCAGGAGAGCUACGUUUUGGUACUCAGGUUGUUUGGACGCCGACACAGGGUAACAGGAUACCAGCAGAAUCACCAAAUUCCCGACCCAAUGCGAACAAAACAACCACGGUAGACAAUCAAGAGAUACCGGAAUGGUGGACCAGGGAAAAUCUUGCACUUGUCAGUUCCCCUUCUAGCCAACCAUGGCCCACCAUUACAGCUUAUCGGCAUACUGGUUUCAGAGCUAGUGAAGUAGCUUUUCGAAUCAGGCUAAGGACCAAUGAUACGUUGGACUUCUCCGGAUUCGGACAAACUUUGGAAACAAUCCGGGUCCCACUGAGCGGCCAAGACAUCAGAGUUGAUUAUGCUAUUGUCGUGGGCGCUCCCUUCAAUUACCAUCCGGUGAAAGGCCCAAACACCGGACGGGUCUACAUCUUGUGUCCGAAACCAGGACUUGUCGAACAAGAAGUUGUGAGUUCAAUGGAAGGCCCAGAAGGUCAGAGUUUCUUUGGCUAUUCUUUGGCGAAUUUGGGUGAUGUGAAUGGGGAUGGAAUUGAUGAUAUUGUGGUUGGAGCUCCGGGAAUUCAAGCGUCUUCAUCUCAACCGUCUAUCAAUGGCAAGGUAUACAUUCAUCGAGUGACUCCGCAAUGUACUUUGGACCCGAUAGCAGUGCAGUUUCGCACAGGUCCGUUUCUAUGUGUAUUACGCUUCAUGUCUCAGCUCCUAUAUCUGUUCUGUCAGUUGCUUAUAAUUCUUCCCGGUCUAAUAAACACCUACUGGUAUCCCAACCACAAUGCUUCUACGGACGGCACAGUUUACCAACACUUUAUAGACUCUACGCUUGAACGGAAGUUAACCGACUCCAUCAAUAAUGCACUUGGUGACGCUAAAGCAUAUGCCUUUCAGUGGGUGAGUGUAACAGGAUUUCGAGAAUCACUAAACAGCAAUCUAUCUAUCACUUGGAUUGCUCUCGGUGGUUCUGUCCCAAAUCGACAGGCGAAUUUGACUUCAAUGACGAAGAAAGCCGUAGCUGUAGUUGCUUGCGCAUUAUCCGCCCAAAAGAGUAGCCCUGUGGGCUUCAAUUUGGAUGACUGCCAUCCUAUUGAAGUGAGCAGAGUGUCGACCAGCGAUCACAAAGCUGGAUUACUUGGUAUGUCCUUACGCAGUCUGGAACUACGGUCUACUAGAAGCAGCUCUGCACUUGUAUACUGUGAUCCCCUAUGGAGGGAUGACAUGAACCAUGCGGGAGGAGGAUGUCGCAUCCGACUACGUCAAGAUGGGCGGUGGACUGAAACGGCCACCGGUGAGCCAACCAGCUUCCAUUCAUUCUGUAACAGCGUUGAUCGUUCGAAUCCAUGUGGUGGAGGAUUCUCGGUGGACCUGCUUGAAUUGGGUGUUAACCAGAAUGGACGUUUCCCAGAAGCCAAACUGUUGGUCGGUCUACCGUUUAGCCAGCCGUUUGGUGAGGCACAGCUAAUUAACAAUGCCCUACGUGGAUUCCAGGGACUAACCGAGGGCGGAAAACAGUCCGUUGACGUGCUACAGUCGGAAGAAGUUAACUUUGGAACUCAGGUGCUAUGGACACCCCAUCAGAAGGAGGCAUUUAGAUCUGCCAAUAAUAAUACGGGUGCAGGUUCUGAAGAGGUAAAUUCUGUGCAGUCAGCUAGGGAGUACCUGGCGCUAGUUAGUUCUCCGUCGGGUAAGGCUGGACCCAGCAUUACGGCUUAUCGACCUAAUGGAUUUCGAGCCAGUGAUGUGGUCUUUCGAAUAAGGCCAAAGAUCAGUGGAAUGACGACCUUCUCCGGAUUUGGACAAGCUUUGGAAACACUUUGGGUGCCAUUGUUUACAAAUGAGAGCAGAGCGGAUUAUGCUAUUAUAGUGGGUGCCCCUUUCAGUUACCACUCGGUUAAGGGUCCAAACACUGGACGUGUCUACAUUGUAUGUCCGGACCUAGAACGUAUUGAACAAGAGAUUGUCGGCCCUAAUUUGGAUGGUCCGGAAAGUUACAGCUUUUUCGGAUAUUCCUUGGCACGCUUGGGAGAUAUUGACGGCGAUGGAAUUGACGACAUUGCAAUUGGUGCUCCUGGAAUGCGAGGAGAUUCAAAUCAGAACUCAGUUAAUGGCAGGGUGUACGUUCAUCGUGUGACUUCAGAUUGCAAACUGGCUCCAGUACCACUCCAGGUCCUCGAAGCACCGGACAAAAAGCCAGGCGAUGGUUUUGGAAUCGCAGUGGCACGUGGUGUGGAUAUAGAUCGCGACGGUUGGCCAGAAUUGAUUGUCACUGCGCUAGGAGAAGAGAACAAAACCACAACAUCGAUUCCUUACAUCUUCACCAUGCCCAAACAUGUAAGAGCCCACUGUAAAAUCUCCGUUGCAGCAGAGGACAGAAGUAAAGAAUUGAGAAAGGGUUCAGAGAUAAAGGUUAAGAUACUUGUGUCGCUCAAUGAUAUGUACUCAAAUGAGCUGCUUCCUAUUCCGGACGGUCUAACAAGCCCAAAUAUUCGUGUGCACCAAAUCAAUCCAGAUGUGCUUUGGAAUGAAAGGUAUACGGAAAACGCGAACAAUGUUUCAUAUAAGAGAGAUCGACUCGAAGACUUUUUCCAGUCAGAGUUUCCCUACAGUUUGGAUCCGGAUAAACCACGUUUCGAAGUAGUUGGUGAGCCAAAGCCCGUCCGAAUUAGACAAGGGCAGAUGCAGAUUUUAGCACGCCUUCGGGCGCGCUAUGAAGCACAGUCAAUCGAUUUGAACAUCGUCCCACUUCGCAUAGCCUAUCGAUCGUUUGUGCGUACGGAAGAAUGCGCUUCUUAUCGCUCCGAAGAGAAGCUAUGUAAUAAGGCCGAACAACCCUUGGUCGACUGGUCAGAGUGUCAAGCAAACCUUGUCCUCAAUGCACCUGUGUGUCCUGGGUCACCGUCAGGCUGCAGCUCUGAUUUGCGCUUGAGCCAUAUUGAUGACACAUUGGUUCAUUUUAGUUCUGCUCCACGUACAGUACAAAUCGACUUCAGCAAACGCCGGACAGUCCUGCGUUUGCAGCUGGAAAAUAUGGGACCAACGAAAGCCACUGGAGUUCGGAUCCAAAUUCAAACAUUUGGGAAACUAUCAUCCAGUCCGCCCGCAGGAGUCGAACUCCAGUUGACAGAAGUAAAUAUAACUCAAGCCGGAGUGGAUGCAACACUGUCUGCUCGACCAGCAAUGGCAGGAUGGAUGACUCAUGUAUCUGAGGCCAAAGAUGCCGUUUUGAUUACCUCCAGACGGAGACGUUCACUGCAUCCAAACGAGCCAAUCUGGAUUGAUGUGGGGAUAUUUUUUGCUCAUCUUGGUACGGGAACUAUAUCAACGCAAGAGUUGGUCAACAAACUCCAAGAAGGUGGUCAGCUCGUCUACCCAGGUAUACAGAUGCGUGUGUUCUCGGAAACAGAUGAUCCAGACCUAAGUAACAACAGAAUCUCGGUUAAUUACCAAAUCGUCUACAAGCCACGAGUUUUGAUCGGUCUUGGAUUACAGCCAGCUUCCUUAAUCGAUCACAGAAAAGAACCGACAGUCUUUGCUGGUGCAUAUGGUCCGCGUAAGGUAUUCUCCGAGGAUAUUGGUCCGAAGUUGGAACAUACUUUUGUGAUUGAAAAUCCUGGGACUACAGACCUUGCGAAUUUGAGCCUGAUGUUAGACUUGCCUUUUUCAACGGUGGACCGAAAACCCCUUGUAUAUCUGGUUCCUGAAGUCAGGAAACUCUCCCAGAAGGGUAGCGCAUAUUCCGAGUGGGAAAACCUGCUUCCACAAAUUUUCUCGGCUGACGGCCAAUCUGUGGGACAAUGUGUUGUGCCAACGGAUUACCUGAAUCCAUUGGGCUUGACUGUAUUGGACUUCGAUGGUUCAAGUCACCGAGAACCAGCAGAACCUCCCUUUUCUGCCGGGUCACAAUUACUGCGUGCCAAACGUGGGAGCCGGAACGUAGGUUAUAUCAUUACCAGGACGGAAGAUUUUGGCGACUCAAAAUUGGAGCAGGUCGAUCCAGCCAACGAGGCUGACGGUCUUGGAAUCAAAAUCCGACGGAGUGAAAAAUUCCGUUUUCAGUUCAGCUGUGACCCGCGCACGACGAAUAUUCCGACACGAUGUGUGUCGAUCAAAUGCACACUGACACAUCUUGGGAAACGAGAUGCGGUACGCCUGCGUUGGACAGGAUGGCUUUGGGCUGAAACCUAUUUCAACCUGCAGACUCCUGACGUCAGCUUUGUAAGCCGCCUGCGCGUUGAACACUGGGGUGAAGUGCCAUCAAGUUUGGUCGUCUACAAAGCACUUGAAAACAAUGUAUCAGAAGCCGUACGCAUUCUCAAAUUCGAAUAUCCCACCCCACCACCCUUUUUUGAAUUGAAACAGUCGAUCAUACUUCGUGGGGUAAAACCAAAAAUAACACACCGCAUACCUCUCUGGCCCUUCAUUGUUGCCAUAGUUGCUGGCAUAUUCGUUCUUACCGUGUUAGGUAUAUGUUUCUAUGCCUGUGGUUUCUUCCGGCGUAAAAGUGUGAAAGAACUGAAGCGGAGGAGUGCUGUCCACUCGCAAAAUUGGGGAGACAAAUCUUCUUCUGAAGCGCUACUGACACAUCAACAAGACAACAGUAAGACUACAUCGGGAUCCGGACCGUUCGUUUUGGCUACCAGACAUCCCCUAGUCGUAGCUUCGGUGGACGCUCGCCAAAAGCGGCCCGGGUAUGGAGAAAAUAAGCGUGUAAAGAUUCACACAAAGAAACGGGACAUGGAUUCCGAAUGCCUCAUUCAGGCGAGCCCCAACCUCUUUUGUGCUUUGGAGCCUGAACCACCAUCUCCAAGACUUCCUGCACCGGAACAGCAUGACAGACAGCACUCCACUUCUUCCGUAAACUGGUCAAAAGACGUGGAAAUCAGCGACCGGGAGGUGGAGGAGGAUAUAGUGAUAGGAGAAGAAACAGCUUCAGAAGCCUGUGAAGAUAAACCGGAAACAGUGGAGCAACACACAGAUGAGUACUCGCUGAACACUGCUCACUCUCAGCUUAUAACAAGUGAUACCAGUGAUUUGGCGGGAACAGAUUCUCUGUUAGAUUCACCUACCACAGAAACAGCCAGCACACAUUCGAAAAACAAUGCGGUUGUCGAAACAUGUCCACAGGAGAACCCCUCGUAGUUAACUUGGUGGGCCAAGGAGCAACAAGACUGUGGUUUCUGAGUAUGAACAGCGUGCUACUGUGUCUAAGUUAAAAACAGCUUUCAAUAGGCACUAGCUUUUCUACAUAUGAUCUUGCGCAUUUCUUACUGAAAGAAAAACAACGAUUUGGACUGCUGGUUACUGUCAUUUUUGUCGUUGUUACAGUUGAUCAUCUCACAGUUGUUUCACGAUUGAAACACUGAAAUCGUGUGGUUCAC